CGCCAUCGAGCCGGCGCCGCGGACUAGGAAGAAUGGCGAUUGACACGGCGAUGCUUAAUCGGUGGCACGGCGACCCUUCCAUAGUGGUCAUGCGAGAGGAGUUGCAGAGAGAACUCUUGACUCACAACUUUAACCACCCACUACCUCAAGCACAAUGAUCUCCGCCCUCCCGCAAUCUUCACCGCUGCAGCAGCGCGAGGCCGAAAAGGAGCACUCCAACGUUGUUGAGGCGCAGCGCUCUCUCAAGAGCGCCACCAAUGUUCUCACCUCGGGCCAGCACGACGCUAACCUCAGCUUGGUGACGCCCUACGAGGACCUGCCGCAAAAAAUCACCGGUCCUACCGUGUGGGAGGCUGAGGACUACCGUGGCGAGGCCAAUGCCCCCAAGUGGAUCCGCUACUGGACUCCAGAGGAAAUCGAGCAGCUCGAGACGGCCAGCGUCAUUUGGCGCGACAGUGGGAGGGAAUUGGGCGAGAUUGAGCGCUCGACAUUCCCUCUGCCCGCCUCUCUCGUCGCCACGCUGACAUCGCUGCGAAAGGAGCUCGUUGAUGGUGUCGGCUUCAAGCUGUUCAAAGGGCUUCCUGUCGAGCGAUGGGGACCCCACAUCAGCGCAAUCGCUUACCUUGGUCUAGGCUCGUACCUCGGCAACGUCAACUCUCAAAACCACAAGGGACACGUUCUCGGCCACGUCAAGGACCUGGGCAACGACCCCACGCAAAUUGACAAGGUCCGAAUCUACUCGACCAACGCUCGCCAAUUCUUCCACACCGACUCCAGCGGUGGGCUCGUGGGCCUCCUGUGCCUCGCCACAGCGCUCGAGGGCGGCCACAGCGACAUCGUGUCUGCUCACCGCGUCUGGAACGAGUUGCAAGCAACGCGGCCUGACGUGGCCAAGACACUGGCAAGCCCCAUCUGGCAUUUUGACCGUAAAGGCGAGGUGAGCCACGGUCAGCGCGGAUGGGUCACUCGCCCCGUGUUCGCUCUCGCCAAGGGCGAAGCCGACAACCGGCUCGUCAUCCACUGGGACCCUUAUUACAUUCGAUCUCUUGGCCGCCACAUCGAAGCGGGCCUCAUUCCCCCUACGUCGCCAGAGCAGCUCGAGGCUAUGGAGGUUCUCGAGCAGACGGCCCAGCGUCUCUCGCUGCACAUGGUCCUCGAGGUGGGAGACAUUCAAUUCGUCAGCGACCACCACGUCCUCCAUGCGCGCACCGCCUACAAGGACCACCUGCCGCCCAAGCCUCGUCGCCACCUACUCCGCCUCUGGCUCGCGUGCCCAGAGGGACCUGAUCCUCUCGGACUGGGCUGGACCACAGGGUGGAGAACAGUCUAUGACGACUCCAAGCACCCGCGACGAGGAGGUAUUCAGGUCAAUGACACUCCUCCCCGCUGCCCGCUCGACGGCGAGUGAAGGCUUCGUUUGCUCCCCUUGCCCUAAACUACACAAACAUUCUGUACAUCAUUUCUCUUCUCUCAAAACAAC